AUGGACGGGGUGUCGAAGCUCCAACGAGAGGAUUGGGCUAGUCAAGUCAAGAAUAUCAUCGGGCAGCUGCACGGGAUAGCGGUGGCAAUUUGUGGGCCGUUGGCUUUAGUGGAGAGCCUACAAGAGCAGGGCUUCGUAGCGGAGGACCGGACAAGACAGGACAAGACAGGUCUCGGAGUUAAGGAGGCAACUGCUAAGGAGAGGGGCGGCUCCAUCGACCAUAACGGGUUUGCACCAGGCGAUAACUCAGGCAGGAGUCUACAAGAUCUAAUUGUCCUGCAGGGAGAUGACAACUCGAGUGCCUCCGAAGCCGAAGUCGAUGACGUUAAUCUUUGUGCUGAAAGUACAGGGCGAGGCGCGGGUCUUUUUGAUAGCCCAGAUAAUGCCGUCGACUCGACAACUCCGGCCCCUCCUUCCAGUUCCGAUGGGUGGCACGAUAUUGGUGACUCCCCUGAGACGGCUCUACGCUUGCGGCUUGCCGAACAAGGAGCUUCGACGUCGAAUUCCAUACACGCCCUCCCUUCGCGCGAGCCAUUGCACGACAGUGUCGGUGCUAUGGCUAUGGACCUUCAUCCGCGGCGCGCCAGAUCCGAGGCCACGACAUCUUGUUCCGCUCGCCCCCAAAACCCGCCUCUACGCUGCGCUAGAAUGUCACCAGAGAGCCAGCUCAGUCGAGAGUCAUCUUUAUACUGGUCGAGGCGUCAAGGCUUGCCAAUUCCAAAUUAA